GUCAAUUUCGUUCUUCUAGUAUUCGUUGCUGAAGCUUCUUUUUGGGCUUUCGUAUCAUAUGUUUGGUUUGUAUUGAAGAGUAUACAUCAACUCGAGCUUUUGUCCUCGUCGCGUUCAGUGACAACCCGCGUCGCCGAUUUUCCCGCUCGAAAUCGCAUAAAACUUGCGACCCUCCCUACCACACUGGAGGCCUCCACCUUAAGCUACCCAAGAACCAACACCAAGUCUUGAUCGUGACUAGAUCUAGAAAAUGUCGGACACCAAAGAAAGACCAGUGACCACUGAGUCGCAACGGAAUCCUCAUGCAUCAGCCAGCCGUUGGCGACACCAGGAGUCAUCUGCUUAUGCUGCGCAUGCUUCGCAGCUCACUGGCGAAGGUCCACCCCGAGACCCUCACCAAGAGAAUACCGACACGGGCGGCCUCGUAAACUUCCUCAACCAGUCGCGUAUCGAGCCGGAAGAUGAAAACCGCGAAACAGAAAAAUACAGGCCCAUCACUGCCGCCGCGGGCGAUGCUAAUGGGGCAAUUGUGGGCGACAAUGUAGGCCAAAGCCAUGCUGGGCAAGACCCUCCUGAUGGAAAGACGAUUGUUUGUGGCCCUCUCCUGAACUAUCGCCAUAUGAACGAGGGACGCUGGCAUGGUAGUGUGCUUGUUGUAGUGGAAGGUGGUGGUAAGAUUCCUCUACACCAGCCUUACUUGACGCUCAACCUGGCUGUCACUCUUCCAGACGGUGGUAACGCGACCAACGGAGCCCGCGAGGAGGUGCGUUCAGACGGACACUGCCUCUACUCCGACCCGCGCAACACCUUCUGGGCUUUCGACAUUAGUGUUCCAAUUCAGGACACCGAAUGUGGCUACGACUAUGCUCUACCCGAGAUGCGCUUCUCAAGCGAGCACAAGCCUCGGGUGAAUCGAUUCUUUGUUCCUGCCGCAACCGAGUCUUUUCGCAUCAUGUUCCACUCGUGUAACGGUUUCAGUGUCGGAACCGACGAGGAGGCUUGGAGUGGCCCAGCUCUGUGGAAUGAUGUUACACGAAAGCAUCGCGAAGUUCCCUAUCAUGUUAUGAUUGGCGGUGGUGAUCAGAUCUACAACGAUGGGAUCCGAGUUGACGGUCCUCUGCGCCAAUGGACCAGCAUCAGUAACCCCAAGAAGCGAAGACAUCACCCCUUCCCCGAGACACUACGGGCUGAAUGCGACGACUACUACCUCAAGAACUACAUCCGUUGGUACAACACUGAGCCAUUUUCUGGUGUCAACGGCCAGAUUCCCCAGAUCAAUAUUUGGGAUGACCACGACAUUAUUGACGGAUUCGGCUCAUAUGUCGACGAUUUCAUGCAAUGUGAUGUGUUUCGUGGUAUUGGUGGUACUGCCCAUAAAUAUUACAUGCUAUUCCAGCAUCAUUUGCCGCCGCCUCCAUCAACAUAUACUUCUGACCAUGCCGCCCUUGAAGAAAGCACUCAGGGACCUGACCCCAAUCAGCUUAUCGAUACCUAUGUAGCACCAAUGAUUGAAUCGCCUGAGUACAUUGUUGGUGACCAUCCUGGCCCAUAUGUUGCCGAACGCUCCUUUAACAUUUACACCCGCCUCGGAGCUCGCAUCGCUCUUAUUGGCAUCGACGCACGAGUAGAGCGCACGCGCCACCAAGUCAAUUAUCCUGAGACGUAUAAGAAGAUUUUCUCAAGACUGCGUUCGGAGCUCCAAGCGACGGCAGCGUCAGGGCAGCCAAUCAAGCAUGUGAUUCUGCUCCUCGGGAUCCCCAUCGCCUACCCGCGUUUGACAUGGCUUGAAAACAUCUUCCGCAGCCCAGUUAUGGGUCCCAUCAAGAUUCUCAACAAACGAUUUGGACUCGGAGGAAGUCUCUUUAACCAAUUCGACGGUAGCAUUGAUCUUCUGGAUGACCUGGAUGACCAUUACACUGCGAGAACGCACAAGAAGGAAAGACGGCAGCUCAUGGAGGAGCUUCAAAGGAUUUCUGCCGAGUAUAACGCCCGUGUGACAAUUCUUGGAGGCGACGUGCAUCUGGCUGCACUGGGGCGUUUCUACUCCAACCCUGACCUCAAGAUUCCCGUCGAGGAGGACCACCGGUACAUGGUUAACGUCAUUUCCUCAGCCAUUGUCAACAAGCCACCACCUCAGGCUGUUGCAAACCUUCUGGCCAGGAGGAACAAGAUUCAUCAUUUGAACGCCAAGACGGACGAGACUCUGCUGGAUCUGUUCAACAAGGACCCCGGCGAGUCCAACAAGACAGCCAACCACAACAACUGCACAAUGCCUAGCCGCAACUUUGCGACCAUCACCGAAAACUCGCCCAACAACCCUCACGUUCACAACGGCAAUGUAGAUGACAAUGGAACAGAGACCUCGGAGCAGAACUUCUUGGGGAAUGACGGCCACAAGGUUCUUCACAAGGGCGAAGUUCAGGCCGGAACAACACAUAGGGCGGCAUCACGAGAGACCCAUGGUCGAGCCAAUGAUGGAACACUCGAUGUGUGCAUCAACGUGGAAAUUGACCAGCACGACAAGGAGGGUCGAACAGAGAUGUACGGAUUGACUGUGCCAUUACUCAACUACCGACAAAGAGAUGAGCCAAGCACACCCAGGACGUCAGUCACGUCAGGAAGCCAGCAGUAGGACGAAUUGAAGGCUUCUUUGCGGAUGCACGACGACCAUGCCGUUAUUAAAUUUGAUACACAGAUCAGUACAACCAGGUGGAAAGUAAUGAAGGGGUGGACCCGACGUAUGUGGGGCCGGGCCGGCAACGGCUUGCAAAGGGCGAAGCGAAAAGGGCGAAAGUUACUUGAUGGAGUGAAGGAGAAGAGAGCCUGAGAAAGUAUAAGAGAUACCCAGCCAACCAGCGAGAGAGUGAAUGUUCCCAUGGGGGUUAGCUUUUUUGUUUAUACCCGUUGAAGGCAAUUGCCUGACAUCAAACACACGAUAUAGCGGUUGAAGGAUGCGAAGAGUUGGAGCCUGCAGGAUAUAACUACUUGGAAUGUCUGGCGGGUUGACGAGGUUAGUAUUGUAGUGUUGAUUGUUUCUAGUUUACGUUUAAUAAUCCAGUAUAUUC